GAAAGUCCGAUCAAAGAUGUUACAGGGGGGAUCUCGGGUGGCACUAACUGAUGCGUUUUUCCUUAUAAAGUCAGUCUCUGUGCCCCACCAUGGAACCUUCCACAUGCAUGCCUGGCCCUGUGUUCCUGUGUGUGAUGCAGGUUCGCUCCGAGGCUUCAGCUAUGAACGUGUAACCAUAACAACUGUGUUCUGAUUGGCUCUCCUGCCACGGGAAUUAACGAGGGCGUUAUCCAAUGUGAGCGCUGGCAAAACCUCGUGAUAACCACAGCCACAGUGAUGAGAAAGUGGCGGCGUGAGGUGAGCCCGUAAGGAAAUGACUGGACCCAAAACAAAGCAUGAGCGAAGGGAUACAUUAUUAGAAAUAAACGCGUUUGAAUAAUGAUGUUUUAACUGAGUUGGCGUGUGAAAACAUGUCCGGUUUGUCCAUUACGCAGUCCAUCAGCUGGCGCGGCUGAAGCCUCUCGUCCUCUCUUUUGGAUUGUGGAUUGUGACAAGUGCCAGGACAGCAGCAGAACAGGACCAGGACUAAUACUACCCUUCUCGGGGAUUGUCCCUCUGCUGCCUUUCAACGGGAGGUUCCUCCACUUUUCGCCUGACAGCCCACCACCCGGAGCCAAGACGUUGUUCCCCGUAGACCCGGGUUGCCCCAGUCCGAGCAGCGCAGUCCGUGUGGGCAGGUCGGCACUCGGCGUCCUGCAGGCCGGAGACAUGAUGGCACACUGUGCCGGCUGUGAACGGCCCAUCCUGGACCGGUUCCUCCUCAACGUGCUGGACCGAGCCUGGCACUCCAAGUGCGUCCAGUGCUGCGAGUGCAGCUGCGCCCUCUCCGAGAAGUGCUUCUCCAGGGACGGGAAGCUCUAUUGCAAAACUGACUUUUUCAGGCGGUUUGGCACUAAAUGCGCGGGCUGUCUGCAGGGCAUCUCUCCAAACGACCUGGUCCGCAAAGCACGUAACAAAGUGUUCCACCUGAACUGCUUCACCUGCAUGGUGUGUAACAAGCAGCUGUCCACGGGAGAGGAGCUUUACGUGAUAGACGAAAACAAGUUUGUGUGCAAAGAAGAUUACGCCAACUCCGGGGCCAUUAAGGAAGUCAACUUGAACUCAGUGUCGUCGUGUACAGAUAGGAGUUUAUCGCCGGAUCUGCAGGACCCAAUACAGGACGACAUAAAAGAGACGGACAAUUCCACGUCCUCUGAUAAGGAAACGAACAAUAUUGAGAAUGAGGAGCAGAACUCGGGGACCAAAAGGCGGGGGCCCCGGACCACCAUCAAGGCCAAGCAGCUGGAAACGUUAAAGGCCGCGUUUGUCGCCACGCCGAAACCCACCCGGCACAUCCGGGAACAACUGGCCCAGGAAACAGGACUAAACAUGCGCGUCAUCCAGGUCUGGUUUCAGAACAGAAGAUCCAAAGAGCGACGAAUGAAGCAGCUGAGUGCUCUGGGGGCCCGGCGGCACGCCUUCUUCAGGGGCCCGAGGAGGAUGAGGCCCCUGGGAGGAAGGCUGGAGGAUCCCGACAUCUUAGGACCCGGGGCCUACGGUUAUUACGGAGAAUACCAAGGUGAAUAUUAUGGACCAGGAACUAACUACGACUUCUUCCCUCACGGCCCUCCAUCCUCGCAGGCUCAGUCUCCGGCCGAGUCGCCCUACAUCCUGAGCUCUGGACCCGGACCCAUGGAGGGCUCAGGCCACCACCCCUCAGACGACCAAAGGUUCACGGACAUGAUCUCCCACGCUGAAACCCCCAGUCCAGAGCCAGGCUUACCAAACUCCCUGCAGCCUAUCCCGGGGGAGGCCUACGGGGGCGGGCCCAGCCCCCCUUUCUCAUUGGCCAGUAACUCCAGCUACAGCGCUCCCAUGUCCCACCAAGGCCCGGAGAUGGGAGAGAGCACAGCCUGGUAAAGGACAAACAACAGGGACCUUUCCUGGGCUGAAUGUCAGCCUGGUUAAUUCAGGAGAUGAAAAAGAAAAACACACACAUUGGGAAGUGAACAAUACAGCUGAAAUUUUUAUGGAGGACUUUUUGAAUCACGGACUGAUUUUGACAAUUGGAAACGGAAUCAAGAAUGGGACAGCCUGCUGGAAAAAUGAAUAUUUGCUGCCCGGUAGACUCUCCAAAGCAUUUCCCCUCCUGGAUUACUGGACUUGAAAUUAUUUAAUAAUAAUAAUUUGUGAUUCCACCCAGCAAAAAAUGCUAAUCGCCUUCCCCUUGAUGUUAACGAAGGCAUCUUGUCAUGCUCUAGGGACACAUUAGAGAUUAAUGCCAAAGGGGACAUCUUAAGUUCUCUUAAUUUCUGUCCACACUUUCUUUUUGCUUAAAAGCAAUAUGUGUUUUUAUUAUUAUGUUCAUUGACACACUACACUCAAUAUUUAAAGAUAAAGGACCAGGUUUAAAAACAUGCUUUAAUUUUCAUAUACAAAAUCGUAUGUGGCAAACUAGACCUGAUACGUUUAGUCAAAAACGUUGCUUUAAGCGUUCUUCUCUGUUAGACAAUAUGUCAAAUCAAAGGCUGCUUCUUCAUAGAAACCACACACACACACACACACACACACACACACACACACACACACACACACACACACACACACACACACACACACACACACACACACACACACACACACACACAUCUCUGGCAUUGACUUUCUCCAGCACACAUCUCAGCUUUAAGUCCCUUAAUGCACAAAAAGCGUUUUUUGAUCAUAGCCCAAAAAGAAGGGUGUCUGUACCAUUAUUAAAAACACGGACACAAUUAUACCGACACUUGUACUCACUCAAGCACACACACAUCGGCUAGUAUGCUUACGCAUGCACACACACACACACACACACACACACACACACACACACACACACACACACACACACACACACACACACACACACACACACACACACACACACACACACACACACACACACACACACACACACACAGCCCUGAUAGUUCUGCUUCUCCUGACCUUCCUUUUGUUACUGUCCCUUUUUAAAAAAAACAUGUUUUAAUGGAAAUGAUUUUCAAAAGAACAUUGAACCCAUAAUGGAGAAUCUACUUCAACAGCUGAGGUCUCCUUCCUCUAAAGAGAGAAAACAAAAGAGGGGGCAGACAACAUCUGUGACAUUACCACUGUGUGCUCUGAAGCACUCAUUGCCAUCUAGUGGCCUUAAGACACCCUGAAUUAAAAAUCAGUUCAAAGCAGCAGCGUCCAGCAUCUUUACACACACACACACACACACACACACACACACACACACACACACACACACACACACACACACACACACACACACACACACACACACACACACACACCAAGUGUCAUCAGGGCUCCAAUUUGAAAAGGUGGUACUACAUUAAAAGAAACAAUAUUUGACAUCUCUUUAUAAUACAUCUCCUGAAAGAAGACACACAAACCAAGUUAUAUUAUUCAACACAAAACCUCUCGUUAUUUCAAACCUAUCAUUUAUUUGUGCUUUGUUUCUUAACACAUCUUGAACAAAAACACAUCCAACACUUUCUGUCCACACUGAUUUAUUUCUACUCCAAAUAUUGUUUUGAGAUCAUUUGCGUUCUCUUUGAACAUUGUAUAAGAUCAAGCUAGAGAGUGUGUCUUAUUUCUGAUGUAUGUCUGCUUGUGUGAGUGUGUGUGUGUGUGUGUGUCUGAGUGCUUGAGGGUGUGCGUAUGCGUGCUCAUGUGCGUGAGUGUGUGUGCAUUUAAGGAGGGGAAAGGGGCAAGGCUGUAUUAUUUCUAUGUAAAUAGCACUGGUAAUAAAACCAUCUCUUACACUGGAA